AUGUCGAUUCCUGAGUUGCAAUGGGCCCAAGUGGCUGAGCAAGUUGGCGGCCCGCUUGUCUAUAAGCAAAUUCCAGUUCCAAAGCCCGGUCCCGAUCAGAUUCUCGUGAAGAUCCGCUAUACUGGUGUCUGCCACACCGAUCUUCAUGCGAUGAUGGGCCACUGGCCCCUUCCAGUCAAGAUGCCCCUGGUGGGCGGACACGAAGGUGCUGGCGUGGUCGUUGCCAAGGGUGAAUUGGUUCAAGAUUUUGAGAUUGGUGACCAUGCUGGUCUGAAGUGGCUCAAUGGAUCUUGUGGAGAGUGUGAAUUCUGCAGACAAUCCGAUGAUCCUCUGUGUGCCAAUGCCGCACUUUCAGGAUACACUGUGGAUGGCACAUUCCAGCAAUAUGCCGUUGGCAAAGCCACUCACGCUUCCAAGAUCCCCAAGAAUGUCCCUCUUGAUGCAGUCGCUCCAGUGCUGUGCGCGGGUAUUACUGUAUACAAGGGGCUGAAGGAAUCCGGUAUUCGCCCUGGCCAGACUGUAGCUAUUGUUGGAGCUGGCGGUGGUCUUGGAUCCCUCGCUCAGCAGUACGCUAAAGCUAUGGGGCUCCGAGUGGUCUGUAUUGAUGGAGGUGAUGAGAAGAGAGUGAUGUGUGAGCAGCUUGGCUCUGAGGCUUACGUUGACUUCACCAAGUCAAAGGAUCUGGUCGCUGAUGUGAAGGCUGCUACUCCUGAAGGUCUUGGAGCACACGCUGUCAUUCUAUUGGCAGUUUCUGAGAAGCCAUUCCAGCAAGCUACUGAAUAUGUUCGAUCUCGCGGAACCAUCAUUGCUAUUGGAUUGCCACCCGAUGCGUCAUUGAAGGCUCCAGUCUUCCAGACUGUAGUCCGCAUGAUUAGCAUCAAGGGAAGCUAUGUUGGGAACCGCCAAGAUGGUGUAGAGGCCCUUGACUUCUUUGCCCGAGGCUUAAUCAAGGCCCCAUUCAAGGUCGCUCCUUUGAAAGAUCUUCCAAAGAUCUUCGAGCUUAUGGAGAAAGGCCAGAUCACCGGCCGCUACGUACUCGAAAUGCCGGAAUAA